AUGUCCGUCGCGGGAGGCGGAAAAAACGGACAGUCGUUCGGCUCGCUGUCGGUGGACACGAACAGCCGGACCCCCUAUACGGACGCCACCCAAUGCAAGAAAGUGACGAACCAUAUCAAGCGGCCGAUGAACGCCUUUAUGGUGUGGUCACAGAUAGAGCGCCGGAAGAUCUGCGAACAGCAGCCGGAUAUGCAUAACGCGGAGAUCAGCAAAAGGCUGGGCAAGCGCUGGAAGACGUUGGCCGACGACGAGAGGCAGCCCUUCAUCGAGGAGGCCGAGCGCCUAAGGGUGCUUCACAUGCAACAGUACCCCGACUACAAGUACAGGCCCCGCAAGAAGGUGAAGACGGGUCACCCGAACGGCUCCCAAUCGCCCACACCGUCGUCGAUGGGAUCGCCGGCACCCGCGCACCACUCGUCGCCCCAGAAGUCGAUGGCCAACAACAGGCAUCAGACACAGCGCGCGGGUAUGUCAGCGGUAGUUAAGGGCUCUGCGGGCGGCGCUCAUAGGCUCGCCAUUCACGGCGCGACGGCCGGUCAUACCUCUUCCACGGGCUCCCAGUCCUCCUCAUCGCCGGCCCUCUCCUUCGCCCUGAACCCCAACUCGCGUCUCAAAUUCAAGCUGACGAUCGACAAGAAGCUAAAGGAGUCCAUCAGCCGAAGCAAAGCGGUUCCGGUGCCGGUGUCGCAGUUGACACCACCGGCCAAAGUGCCCUCCAGUCCCGGCUCGUCCGACUCGCCCGGUUCGCCAGAAAGUGCCAAUUUGUCCUUUUAUGACGACCUCUACGACCACAAGUCGGCCACAGACGGCUGCGCCGACCCCUCCGACGCCCUCAUGGCCUGCGACGACACCACCGGCGCCCUGACGCCCAUUACGCCGUCAAACGCGGCGUCCGUAGCGCCGUUCCCCACCGCCUCCACGAUAGGCUCCACGUUCACAGUGACCGGUAUGACGGCCACCGGCGCCGGCGAUCUCGUGUCGCUCACACAUCCGUCCGCCGCCGUCUCCGGGCUGUUGACGCCGUCGACGUCAAAGGCCUCGUCGCUCGGGUCGCCCACCGCCUCCUCGUCGGGCGUCUCGCUGUCCGAUUUGGACGACCUCUCGGACGUCCUCCAGUUCGAGAGCAAUUGGGCCCAAGAGUUGGCCAGUUUUAAUCUGACCCCGAUAUCAGUAUUGGAUAACAUGGACACCGCGAGCUCCAGUUCCGGCUCCCACUUCGAGUUUCCCGACUACGCGCCCGAAGUGAACGACAUAUUGGGGAGAUUAGGUUAG